AUUUUAAGUCUAGAUUUAGUAUUUCGUUACUGAUAUCCCUAUUUUUCCAUUCUGUUUUCACAUCUUUUAUUAUUUUAACCAUUUAUUUUAUAUAUUCUGUACAAUUUUAAUAAUUUUUCAUGAUUUUUAAUUUAUUAUUCAUUUUAAUGUAUUAUAGAGGUUAGAUGCCUAAAACAGUAGUAUUUCAUCGCAAUUUAACACAUACUUACCAGCACGUUCGCCAUAAAGAGAGAGAAAAGGCACAUAGAUUCGAUAUUAAAAAAGACGAUUCCACUUCUGACCCCAAUGAAUCAUCUUCUAACGAGAAUGAAGCCACAGCUCCUGGCCAUGUAACUAUGGAGAUAUUACCAGAGUGGCUAGAGUUAGUGGAUGAAUGCAAUUAUCUGUUAUCUAAUGCCCGAGUGAAGGUGAAAGAGCUGGAGAAACUGCAGAACAUGAACCUCCUGAACGUUUUUGGGAAGGCAGGCAGGGGCGACUAUGAGAAGAUUUCAAACUUAUCAGUUGAGAUUACCACAACUUUUAAGAAAAUUGAAAUCAAUACUGAGAAGAUUUCGAAGGAGGUUGACAACUACAUUGAGCAUCUUCUAAGGAAAAAUGCAAAGGCUAAAAUCGCCACUGAUCUCGUGCCUCUCUCAAUCUCUUUCCGGAAAAUGCAGAAAAAAUUCUAUGAUUCGCUGCAAAAUGAUUCAAUGCACAAUGAAAUGACUAUAAUGAAUAAUGUUGUAAGGGAUGAGAUAAUACAAGAUUCAGUUCAAACUUCACACGAUAAUAUCGCAGAUAGAACAUUGAGGUUACAGCAAAUAGCUUUAACAGUACAAGAUUUAAAGGAUAUGUACACUCAAAUGUCAACAAUGCUAGUUGAGCAGGGUUCGAUGUUGGAUCAGAUAGACUAUAACGUAAAGGAAUUUUCGAGGAAUUCACAUAAAUUUGCACAAGAACUUAAACGAAGACAUGAACGCGAUAACCCUAAAAAGGCCAUUAAAACUGUUAGAUAUUUGGUCACUGUCAUCUUUGUACAGUUGGUAUUUGUAAUAAUAAAAUUCGCCUAAGUUCGGGACUGAGUAAUAUAUAAAAUGGUAAAUUCUGUAUAAUAUUAACAAAAAGAUACUGGAAG